AUGUCGGACUUCGAUAGCAAUCCCUUUGCUGACCCGGACCUCAAUAACCCCUUCAAGGAUCCUUCUGUUGCACAAGUGACAAGAAAUGUUCCACCAGGACUAGAUGAGUAUAAUCCUUUCUCUGAUUCAAGAACACCUCCCUUAGGAAAUGUGAAAAUGCCUAAUGUACCCAGUACCCAACCAGCAAUAAUGAAACCAACAGAAGAACCACCUACUUACACACAAAUUUCAAAGGAGCGUGCCUUGGCCCAGGCAGAACUGCUAAAGCGUCAAGAAGAACUGGAAAGAAAAGCAACUGAACUAGAUCGCAAAGAAAGGGAAAUGCAGAGUGUCAAUCAGCAAGGGGGUAGAAAAAAUAACUGGCCACCUCUUCCUCAGAAUUUUCCAGUGGGUCCAUGUUUCUACCAGGACUUUUCUGUAGACAUUCCUGUAGAAUUUCAGAAGACAGUAAAGAUUAUGUACUAUUUGUGGAUGUUCCAUACAGUGACACUGUUUCUUAAUAUCUUUGGAUGUUUGGCCUGGUUUUACAUUGAUGCUACACGAGGGGUUGAUUUUGGAUUGAGUAUCCUCUGGUUCUUGCUUUUUACCCCUUGUUCUUUUGUCUGCUGGUACAGACCACUUUAUGGAGCUUUCAGGAGUGACAGUUCAUUCAGGUUCUUUGUGUUCUUCUUUGUAUAUAUCUGUCAGUUUGCUGUACAUAUACUUCAAGCUGCAGGAUUUCAAAGAUGGGGAAACUGUGGGUGGAUUUCAUCUCUUACUGGUCUUAAUAAGAGUAUCCCUGUUGGCAUUAUGAUGAUAAUCAUAGCUUCACUUUUCACAGCAUCUGCUGUUAUUUCAUUAGUUAUGUUUAAAAAGGUGCAUGGUCUCUACCGCACAACUGGUGCUAGUUUUGAGAAAGCACAGCAGGAGUUUGCAACAGGAGUGAUGUCCAACAAAACUGUACAAACUGCUGCAGCCAACGCCGCAUCAACAGCAGCAACCAGUGGAGCUCAGAAUGUGUUCAAGGGUAACUGA